UCGAUGUGCACAUCCUAAGGGAAAGUGUGCUUUCUUUCUUGUGUAAUUCAUUUCAAAUUGUAGAAUAUACYAGAUGACUUCAGCACCAAGAUGAUUUAGAACUAUCUUAAGUCUCUCUAAGAGACAAUAUUAUCAUUACAACAGAUUUACUGAUCAUUUGCAGUCGUGAUUUCAAUCUCCAUUCCACUGGAAUGACAAACGUUUGGAGCUGAUUUGCUGACCCAUGACAGCCUUUCAUGAUGAAAAAAGUCACAUGUGUCAUCGUAGGAACUGACAAUGCUGACAAAAAAGAGCUGCUUGUCAGAAUAUCAAACCUUUCACCAAAGAAAAACAAAUCUACUGAACRUCUCACAGAAGUAGCUGCUGAAGCUCAGGAAAAUGAUAGCGAUGAAGAAGAGAAAGUCAACUUCAAAGUCAUCCAAGAGGAAGAAGAUGACUCAGAUGAUGAUCAAGAUGAUSAGACUCCAGAUAUCUGGGAAGGAGAAAUAACAGUYGAAAACAAAUCAUACACACUUGUUGUCCAUCAUUGCUCAAGYAUGGACUGCUACCAGAAYUCAAGAAAGCUUCUUUAUCUUGAUGCAGACAUUUUCCUYGUUUGYUUCUCKGUCUCUUUGCCAAUGUCGCUAGAAGAGGUUGUGGAAAAGUGGGUUCCUGAGAUCCAUUCUGUUUGUCCUGUUACACCAUUUAUUCUGGUUGGUACCCACACUGAAUGGAGAGAACUCUAUGAUCCAACUCAAACUGACCCUACAAUAAGGCCUGUCUUUCCUGAAACUGGAGCAAUAUAUGCUGAACGAGUUGGUGCUGUAAGGUACAUGGAAUGUUCAGCGGUUGGUGCAAACAGCGUGAAGUACAUAUUCAAUGAGGUAGUACGAAUUAGUACCAUGGAUAGAAUGGAACUCUCACAACUACAUCCUGACUAUGUCCGUUAUGGGUCCACUCUGCUGCAUCAAGCCGUACAGUUCAAUCAUGAGGCAUCUGUAGAGACCUUAUCAUAUGUCAUGGAUAUCAAUGUCCGAGACAAAACUGGUCGCACUCCUCUUGAUAUCGCCCUGAGAGAGAACUACGUCGAGGCUGCAAGGUGCCUGAUCCGCAAYGGUUGUGAUGUGAACAUUGUCAACGAGGAUUGGAAGAAUAGAUGUGAGUUUUGGAUUGACGAGGAUCCAAAAAAGCAUAUGGUCUACCGCACUAUCUUUCCUUUGGCAAGAGAAUUGAUGAACUGGUACGCCAGCCUCCAGGAUCCAUUUCGUGCUAAUAUACUUGUCACUGGACAACAUUCAGUGGAUGUUUCAAACUUUUUGAACAAAKCCGCUCCUUWUAUCGUGAUGAAAACUUUAACAAUUGUUAAUWCUGAGUCUCUGUGUUCAUUCGACUUUUCACACUUGAAUUACUCCCUUCAGUCUGUUACCAUUACAAGUUGUGACUUAGGAGGGGAGGUACCGUCAUCAAUAUACUCCCUGUUAACACUAGAGUCUCUAUCAUUGGUCGAUAAUGGUAUAACAUCAAUCUCAAAUGAAAUCUCGAAACUCAAGAAUCUCCGACGAUUGCGCUUAAGCCGCAACAAGCUCAAAGCACUUCCUGAUGAAAUGCGYAGCCUYAUCAAUCUGAGGUUCUUCUUUUGUGAUGAGAAUAGUCUUGAGCGUCUUCCUGAUCAGAUUGGUUGCCUGCAUGACUUACAAGUUCUUGACGUGUCAUGCAAUCGUCUUGAAAAGCUGUCAGUAUCGCUAGGACUUCUCACUAAAUUGAAGUGUCUCAAAUAUGCCAAGAAUCGAUUAGAAUUCCCACCRCACGAGAUCUUGAAACAAGGCGCUGAUGAGGUGCUAAAGUACCUMGGAGCCUUCCUGGACAAUCCYGUCCAGAAUACGCAAGUAAAAGUGACCUUGGUGGGCGGGGAAGGUGUUGGUAAAAGCACUCUUGUCACCGCAUUGAAAUACAAGAAACCAACGUUUCCUGAGACGACUGAUGAGACGGURGGAAUUGAAGUAUCUGACUUUGAUUUCAAUCAGUCUUUGAUAAUGAAAGUUUUUGAUYUGUGUGGUGACCCAGCUUUUCUAAGYUCGCACUCCUUGUUUGUCACGGAUAACAGUUUAUAUCUGGCAUGUUUUGACAUGCGUCACUACACURUUAGCAAAGCGUCCAUGUCCACGAUGAACCACCUUGGAAGACUACAGCUCUGGUUGGAAAUGAUCUAUGCCCAGGCUCCAUCGUCCCAUGUCAUCAUCGUCGCCACCAACGCUGGUCACCCGAGUCUUACCGAAGAUCUUCGGAAUCAAAUCCGAGAGGAAGUCGAAGAAAUGAUUGCCCAGUACCAACAUGAGCAUAAAAGGCAGUUUGAAGGAGAACCUGUUUCACAAUGCAGUCUUUGCGAAGGAUCGCAUCUAUGCGUCUCUAGUUCAACAAAGUUUUAYAUCAACCAGAAUAAAGCUGAAGCUCCAAGUCCUUUAUUAAAGCCAAAGCCAUGUUUACCACACAUCGUCGGAUACUAUGAAGUCAGCUCCAAGGAGCAAUACCCAAGAGCCCUUUUAGGAUCCAAAAACAUUAGCUUACAGAACUUCAAAUGUGGUUUGUCGAUGAAGAUGAUAGUUCUGUUAAACUCGUGUGUUGGAUACCUUAUUCCUCAGAAGUGCCUCUAUGUACGAGAUCGGAUCCUUGAAAUAUUGAACAGUGACWCUGACCUACAAGACAUGCCUGUUUUUACCUUGGAAAGACUUCGAGAGAUCGCACUUGGCUGUGGAAUGAGGGAUGAGUUCAAGAUUAAAAUGAUGCUGAAGUAUUUCCAUAAUCAGGGGGAGUUUCUGUGGUUUGAGGACAUCCCUGARCUGUGYGAUACAGUCAUCGUUAAACCGCAGUGGUUGGUUGAUAGAUUGCGGGCGCUGUAUUCCUCAUGUUCAAGUCACUACAUCGUUGAUGGUACCCUGAGAACGUGUAACCUAUCUAAGAUAUGGCCAGAAUACUCACAAUCUGAACUAAACACACUGCUCUCAUUAGUACGUGGGCUAGGCCUUUCAUUCCAGUUGUCCRUGGACGAAGAAAUCUUCCCAUCCCUACUCCCCCACGGGUACCCAGAUGAGGAAUCGUGGGYAAGACUACCUUCACCUUCAGACCACCAAGUUACUGUAGAGUUUGUAUUCAGCUUCCUCCCACCAUCGUUCUUUGGUGAUCUGAUGGUGGCAGUUAUUAACAGGGAGAUUGUAAGUACAGAGCUAUCAGAACCAACCUACUUACGGUACAACCUGGUCUUCUCUACUAACCUGAAAGCAUGUCAAGGUUGCUUUGUGCACAGCCGCCAGUCAAGUUUUAAUCCWYUGGARGAGAGCGUAUGGUCGGAUCAACGUCACACAAUACACAUUGAGUCACUCCCACAUGUAAGGUCAAUACGGGUUACUGUACGAGGCCCUGCCCCAUGUUGUGUGCUCCCUGAGGUGCGCGUGGCGAUUAAGUUAGUAUCUGACGUCCGUUAUCCCGGUAUUCGUUUUACAGAACUGCUUGUCUGCCCGGCCUGUGUAUUGACAGCUGGAACAAGCAAACCUCAUGUCAUUGGAGAGGUCCAGGAUAAUAACAAUAUAUGUCCAAAAGGCCAUGCAGUCGGCGGGAAGAUCGAUUUAAUGACCGGUCGGAUUAUCGAAAGCUUUGAAAUUCCCAAUAUCAGGAAACUGUCAAUGAUCAGUUCAGCAAUUGAGAAAGGACAGAACAUUCUAGAAGAUCGUCUUUGCCCAAAGCUAUUCGUAGUUCUACCAAUACAGUUUAAACCACAGCCUUUCAAAGAUUGUCGCGUCAUGGAUCACGUGAUUGAUGGCUAUGCUGUUCACUUCCUGUGUGAAUGUCCCGGAUAUUGGCAUUUGAUUCCAUUCCCAGGCUACCGCGUGAGGAAUCUUGAUGCGUUUUUUAGUGCCUUUGGGGCGCGUGUUGCUAARCUUAUGAAACUGAUCUUCAUGCUAGGAGCUGAUGACAAUGACACAAUCACCUACCCCUCCCUGAAGAAUCUUUUGCUCAAGGUGGCCAUAGGACAUCAUUCACAGARGGAGCUAGUAGUUGAGAGUAUUAAGACCCUAGUAGASCACUAUUGCAGUCUUUAUCCCAACCUAAUGCAAGAGUGUUCUUCAUUCUUGUAUGAAGAUGUCAGUUAUUUGGUCAGYGGUAAGGGAUUGAGUCGCGCUAAACUUGCCCGCAUACUCGAAGUCGUCCCKAAUGGAACGCAGUUUGGACCUCUGGUUUGUACCUUCAUCGAGAGACAUGGGGAGAGGAUGUGGCUUUGUCAUAAACACGCUGAACCUAUAUCCAGCGGAAACGCCAAUGGACAUGCGCAGAUAACUUGUAAUGAGUAAUUAACAAUAAAUAGGUCAUUAWUGCAUAUCGGUAUCCUACCUGCAGGCGUUCUAAGUUGRUUCUUUUUCCAUUUUUCUCUCGUCCUCCGAACAGGAACACCUGCAUGUAGAAAGAGAUGGUUAGGUGUAAGAAUUGAUGCUYUGGCAAUUGAACACACUGUGCAAAAAAGAAUUAACGAAAAAUUGUGAUAACUGUAACGUAUUUUCAAAGUGCCUUUCAAUUGGCUUUAAAUUGCUCRAAAUUGACUAGGUUUCGUAUGGCCAAGAAAUGAGUCACAGCCACCUCUAGUUGUGGUCACAAGAUCUAUACCGUUGGCACAGUAAUUGACUUUAAUUAUCGAAUGAUAAUAAUAAAUAUGUUCAUCGGCACCUCUCGCAGUAGUUCUAGAUCGGACCCAGGUCCUUUUCUGAGAAAAGAAAAUGGAAACGAGGUUUUAUAUAAUCAAUCAUAAUGCAUUAUAUUUUGUAUGUUUUGAUAWAAGAAUGUAAUUAAAGUAUUGCUAAAGUUUA